UUAUUUGCCUUUCCCCGAAUGAGGUGGACCUCCCUGCUGAGUCUCUCUUGCAGGAAAUCUCUCAGGACCCCGGAGUUGUCAACCAAAGUUGGGCACUCUCAAAUCUUUGCCAGCUUCCCUCCGCCCCAGGAGCUGCUUGGCCCUUUAAAUCCCAGCUGUCAAUCACUUCAUGGUCGGAAGGUGGCCUUUGGAGCCCCACCACCACCAACAACAAAGCCUUGAGAUGCAGUGACACACACACCUCUCUGGCGUCGUUCCCCAGAAUGGACCGUGGCAGCCUCCUGCCCUUCCAGCUCUGGUGCCCCCGGCCUUUUGGCACCUACUCACAGAACCAACCUCACCCACCCUCCACAACCCUCAAGCCACCAGCCUGCCCUGAGCUGGGCAGCGGGACUGAAGCCGACCUCGGGCCUGCCCUCUCAGAGAACACACCUCCCGCCUUGGCCGCUGAGGCCCCUGCCUCCCAGCCCCCUCCCUUGCUCUCAGCAGCAUCUGCAGGUGAUGAAGGCCGGGUCCUCCUGGACACCUGGUAUGUCAUCAAGCCAGGAAAUACGAAGGAGAAAGUGGCCUUCUUUGUGGCCCACCAGUGUGGUGGGGGCAGCCGGGCCAGCUCCAUGAAGGUCAAGGGUCACUGGGGCAGCGACAGCUCCAAGGCCAAGCGGAGGAGGCGCUGUCUUGAGUCUACCAAGGCUCCACCUGACCCCGGGGGCCGCGAGAGAGCCCCUGCUGCAGGGGGGACUCCAGCCUCAGCCGAUGAGGAUGUGGACCUGCUCUCCGUGGCCGAGAUGGUGGCUCUGGUGGAGCAGCGGGCUGCCCUGGCCCUGCAGGGCUACCCACGUACUGGCACCCCAGCGCCCGUGGUCUUUGUGUCAGCUGAACAGGGGGGCCCUGCCAAAGGGUCUGAACGGAGGUCUGGUGGUGGGGACUGCAGCCGAGUGGCCGAGGCGGUGGCCCACUUUGAGGCCCAGAGGGACAACCCGCCGGCCAAGGGUCUCCGCAAGGAGGAACGGCCCGGGCCUGGCCCCGGGGAGGUGCGAAUAGCCUUCCGAAUCUCCAAUGGCCGGGAGUCCAGGGCCCCUGACGGAAGCUUGCCCAAUGGGAGUGGGGGCCGGCCGGGCUGUGCCUAUCCGGGCAGUCCAGGCCCCGGGGCCCGAGCCAAGGACAAGAUCACCUGCGACCUGUACCAGCUUAUCAGCCCGUCCCGGGAUGCCCUCCCCAGCAACGUGGAGUUCCUGCUGGCUAGGGCUGAUGAGGCCAGCAGCGAGGGGGAUGCCCCGGGAGCGCCCACCAGGCCAGAGGAUGCACCCCCAGCCCCCCCACCACCCCCAGCCCGGGACUGCGGAGCUUCAGGCUUCCACGUGGACGUGGUGGUGACAGGAGUGGUGGAUGAGUGCAUCUUCUUUGGCAAGGACGGCACCAAGAACGUAAAGGAGGAGACGGUGUGUCUGACGGUCAGCCCAGAGGAGCCUCCUCCGCCCGGCCAGCUCUUCUUCCUGCAGCCCCGGGGUCCCGAUGGGCCCCCCGAGCCUCCCCCGGCCACCUCCCCAUCUGCAGCACCGGGCCCGGAGGAUGGCGAGGGCCCCGCGGACACGUCCCUGUGUCGCCUGUACCGCCACGUGUCACACGACUUCCUGGAGAUCCGUUUCAAGAUCCAGCGGCUGCUGGAGCCGCGACAGUACAUGCUGCUGCUGCCCGAGCACGUGCUGGUGAAGAUCUUCAGCUUCCUGCCUACACGCGCGCUGGCCGCGCUCAAGUGCACCUGCCACCACUUCAAGGGCGUCAUCGAGGCCUUCGGGGUGCGCGCCACCGACUCGCGCUGGAGCCGCGACCCGCUCUACCGCGACGACCCGUGCAAGCAGUGCCGCAAGCGCUACGAGAAGGGCGACGUGUCGCUGUGCCGCUGGCACCCCAAGCCCUACCACCACGACCUGCCUUACGGACGCUCCUACUGGAUGUGCUGCCGCCGCGCCGACCGCGAGACCCCCGGCUGCCGCCUGGGGCUGCACGACAAUAACUGGGUGCAGCCCUGCCAUGGGGGGCCUGGCUGCGGCAACGGAGGAGGUGGCAGCGGAGGAGGUGGGGGCCGGGUGGGCCGCGAGGAGGGGAGGUGAAGCCGGGGAAGGGUGGGGGGAACCCAGCAUUCCCACCUCCACCCUCUCCCUGGUGCCCUGGACCCCCUCCCCCCCAUUCCCAGAACUGAGGUGAGGUUCUUGGGGUGGGGGUGGGGGGCAUCCCAGAUUAGCACUCAGAUCAGCCAACCCACCACCACCACACCCCACGUUGGUUUUCUUACUCUUUGGACCCAGGGCCAUGAACCCUCAACUUGUGGAGGCUUUUGUUUUGGUUUUUAAUCAGCAUCUCAAUUUCUUCUCCAUUUAAACCCAUUCCUUGCCCCUCUCUUAUCCCCAGCGAUCUUCCUGGCCAUUCUCUACACCCCAAGGACCUACCAGCAGGGAGCAGAUGGCAGCU